UGCCGAUCCAGAUUUGCUCAAAAUGAUCUCCAGAACACCAGAAAUGACUGCUACCCCUGAAAUCGCUAUCGUUGGCGGCGGCAUCGUCGGCCUCGUCCUGGCCGCCGGCCUGACGCGAAGAGGCGUGAAGGUGCAGCUUUUUGAGCAAGCACGCAACUUUCGCGAAAUUGGAGCCGGAAUCGGGUUCACCAGAAAUACAGUGGGGUGUAUGGAGAAAAUCAACCCGGGUGUCGUGAGAGCGUUACGCUCUGGAGGAGCAGUCAAUGUUUCGUUGGACCAGCAGGACCCUAAGUCGUAUUUGAGGUGGAUCGAUGGCUAUGGUCAACAGCAGGAAAAUGACCCGAUGUACCAGAAGCCGCUCUUGAAGCUCGAUGCGGGAGUCAAAGGAUGGGAGACGGUCCGCCGGGACCAAUUCUUAGAUGAUCUCGUAAAGGUCAUCCCCGAAGGAGUGGUUCAUUUGCAGAAGAGAUUGGAUACUAUUGAGGACAACGAAGACGCAGACAAGGUAGUUCUUAACUUCACUGAUGGUACUAGAGCCGAAGCGGAUGCUGUUAUCGCGUGUGAUGGCAUCAAAUCCAGGACGCGACAGCUCCUGCUCGGUGCUGACAAUCCCGCCUCGCACCCGCAGUAUACGCACAAGGUCGCAUACCGAGCAUUGAUUCCCAUGGACAAGGUCCGCGAGGCGAUCGGCGACUACAAGACUUUCCGACAGCACAUGCAUGUCGGACCAAAUGCCCAUUUAAUCCACUACCCGGUCAACACCAACACCAUAGGAGCGACUGUUGUCAUUUCUGAUCCCAAUGACUGGCCCCAAGACAAGCCCACCACGGCUCGAGCCUCACGCAAGGAUGUUUUAGAAGCACUAGCCCACUGGAGUACUCCCGUUCGCAACCUCGUCGAUCUGUUCCCCGAAGAGUUGGACCAGUGGGCGCUCUUCGACCUGUUCGAGUACCCGGUUCCCAAGUACAACAAGGGGCGAAUCUGUCUGGCGGGCGAUGCUGCACAUGCAUCUAGCCCCCACCACGGUGCCGGGGCCUCCUUCGGUAUCGAAGAUGCACUUUGUCUGUCCACGUUGAUGUCCGAACUGAUCAUGGAUCUCCGUGAUAGUCGUACAUCCAAGGCCAACGCCUUGCGAAUUGCGUUCGAGACGUACGACCAGAUCCGGCGGACGAGAACCCAGUGGCUUGUCAAUAGCAGUCGGCGUGUUUGCGACUUGUUUCAACAGCCAGAGUGGGCUAACCCGGCUAAGCGGGUGAAGACUGAGUCUUGCUUUGAGGAGGUCAAGGACCGCUCAUAUAAGAUUUGGCACUUUAACUCUGCAGCUAUGGUUGACGAGACUAUCCAGAACUACAGGGAAAGGAUGCAGUUGGUGACGAAUAGCGCAAAGGGCGCAAAUGGGUUGAAUGGUGCGAACAAUGUUAAUGGUAUUCGGUUGUAG